AUGGGAAACAUCACGGUCGCCACACGGCGCAUCGCUGGGAGGAGGAGUCACAAAUUCACAAUAACAACCUCUACAAACUAUUUACCUUUACCAUUAUCGUCAUUAUCGUCAUGUUCAUGGCCAUUUUUAUCGUUUUCAACAUCAUCAAACCCGCAACAAGGCCGUAAUGGCUCCACAUCUACAUUUACUUCUACACCCUCAGCACGAACCCCAUCAUGUAUCAGACAUAACUCUACCACCACCGGCAAACCACGCCGCCCAAAAACAGCAAUAUUCUUCCCUGGCCAGGGUGUCCAGAAAGUAGGCAUGUUGAAUCCCUGGCUGGAGAAUUUCCCCUCCACCGCCCGGCCCAUAAUCCAGGAAAUCGACGACUGCCUGGGCUACAAGCUUUCGGACAUCAUCCGGGACGGACCCAACAAGCUCCUGACGGCAACCCCUCACGCGCAGCCCGCCAUAAUGGCCACUUCGAUCCUGAUCCUCCGCGUGCUCGAGCGCGAUUUUGGCUUCUCCCCGCUAGAGCACAAGGUCGACUUUGUGCUGGGCCACUCCCUGGGCGAGUUCGCCGCCCUGGUCGCGGGGGGCUACCUCAGCUUCCGCGACAGCCUGCGCCUGGUGCAGCGGCGAGCCCAGGCCAUGGCGGCCGCGACCAGGGCGGCGCGCGAGGGGAGGCCCGACGUCGAAUACGGCAUGGUGGCCAUCGUCACGGAGCCCGAGUACCUGCCGCGGCUGGUGCAGGCCAUCCGCGAGUUCCUGGGCCACUCGAGCGAGGGCGCCAAGGCCGAAUCGUCAGCCUCGGACGCCCCGAUCGAGCACGUCUCCAUCGCAAACGUCAACAGCAAGAACCAGAUCGUGCUGUCGGGCGAGCUGGACCGCAUAAAGACCCUCGUGGCCCACGUGCGCCAGUUCCUGGGUCACGACCCCCGCGCCGUCCGCCUAAACAGCGACAGCCCCUUCCACUCGCCCAUCAUGAGGCCCGCCGUCGCCGUCGUGCGGGACAUGCUGGCCGCCGGCGGUGAGGGAGGCGGCAUGGUCACCUUUCCUGCCAAGAUCCCCUGCGUCAGCAACAUCAGCGCCCGCCCGUUUGAGAGCGAGGCCCAGCUCAAGGACCUGCUGGCCCGCCAGUGUCUCGAGACCGUCAGGUGGUGGGAGAGCAUACGGUACCUCGACCAGCGGGAAAAGGUCAGGCGCUGGAUCGGCAUCGGGCCAGGCAAGGUCGGAAGAAACCUGGUGGGCAAGGAGGUUGGCAUGCGCGGCAAGGGCGUCGUCAAGGGCGCCGGCGUGUGGGGCAUCACGGAACCGAGCGAGGUCGAGGAGGUGCUGAGAGGCCUGGAGGAGACCGAGUUUGUCGUUGAUGAGCUGGAAUGA